AAUUCUUUUUCAUGGAACAGUAUAACUACGUGUUUAAACACUAAAGUAACAAAAGAAGAAGCAAAAUAAAAUCGUGGCCAGAAAAUGUCAAUUGGCUUAAAAAUGUUUCACACAUUUAUGAAAUGGGAGGAAAUGAAAUUAUACCAGAAGUAGCAACUGUUUUGAAAAUAAUUGUCGAUAAAGGAGGAAUAAGUAGCCCUGAAAGUAUAUCAGAUUUAAAAUCUAUUUUUACUGUGUGUUGGAAAUCUACUUUAGUAAGUUCAAAGAAUAAAUUAUACUUCCUAUCAAUAAAAGAGCUUCUCAGAGUUAUUGUAAACAACAAUUUUCUGGCACUCCCAAAUGCUAUAAAUUUUUUGAAUCAUUUUCUUAAUGAAUUACUUGAAGAGAGUAACAAAGUACCAAAAUUAAAAUCAAUUUUGUUGAAUGAGAUGAAGCAGUUAAAUAUAUGCAACUUGAGGAAGUUGCAAGAACCAUUAUUAGAAUGUACGCUUCAUGGACAUGCACUUCGAAAGGAUAAACAAAUAGAAAACCAAACAUGUUCAUAUAUUACAAAAAAUUUUGAAACUUUUUAUCCAAGUCACAUAUCAGUAAUUGAUCACAAUAGUGAUGCUAGUAUCAGAGCACUUUCUGUUACACUAUUGCACAAAACAAUUACUGCAGAUGUGAAAUUUGCAUCAGUGUUUCUUCCAAUUGUUUUACAGAAACUAGAAGAGUACAAAAAUAAAAGAUAUUUUAAUCAUUCUUAUACACAUAAAAUAAAGCAUCGUAUUAUGCAAACUUUAUUAAUUCUACAUCCUAUUUUGAAUGAGGUAGAUACGACUAAUUUGAUAGACGUUCUUUGUAAUUUAAUGCUAUUGGAAAGUAAUCAACACAGUGUGCGAUUAAUGCAAGAAUGGUUACUGAUUAAGAUUUUUGUACAGAAUGAAAAUCUUCGUUAUAAACUAUGGGCGUUUUUUGAAGAGGCUAUUACAAAACGUCCAGGAUGUGUUAGUUCAAUAACAUGUAUAUUUUAUCAUGUUGCAAAACUACUUUCUAAAGUUGAUCAAUGUAGUUUUAUUUCUAUGGGACUGCCAUAUAUUACACGUUGUUGUCUAGGACAACAAUAUAAUAUGCGACUUUAUAACCAGGUAAUUUUUAUACAGUUAUUUAAAAUGUUAGAAAACUCAGACUGUGAUAAUAUUACAAAUGAGUACAAAGGAUUAUACAAAGCAAUAAUGGAAAAUUUAAAAGAUGAGAGUACACUAAAAAGUUUCUCCAGAAUUCAAAAUGACUUCUAUCUUUUCACUUUCCAUGCUCUACACGAUUACAGCUUGCAGACAAUAUUUUUUGAGUUACCUCGUUUAACUGAUAUGGAUCAAAGUGAAUGGAUUAGCCCAGUUGUAUUUGAACAAUUGAACUUCAAAGAUAGUCAAAACCAUCCCCUUCAAAUGUAUAAUUUAACAGGCUUAUUAUCAAAAAUUAAAACAUCGAUCUACAUAACAAAAUCUACAACUGAUUCAGAAUUUUUUAAAAAAACUUCCGAAACGAAUAUUGAAGAGUUAAGUAAUGUUCAAAAGAAAAUUGAUCCUUCAAUAUCUGUAAAUUUGUCGCAAAAUUAUAUUUCUCCAUCAAUUAGGGAAUCUAUUUCCCGAAAGAAAAUAUUACUUCAUGAAGAAGGUAUCAUAGUUGUAGCAUGUCUCGUUGACCGUACUCCAAAUUUAGGAGGACUUGCACGUACUUGCGAAAUUUUUAAUGUGAAAGAACUAGUUAUUGCUAAUUUGAGUCAAGUCAGAGACAAAGAUUUUCAAAAUCUUAGUGUGUCAGCAGAAAACUGGAUAAAUAUUAUAGAGGUGAAACCUCACGAAUUGAGUAAAUACCUUUUGGAAAAAAGAGACAAGGGAUGGUCGUUAAUAGGUGUGGAACAAACAGUUAAUAGUGUAAGCUUAUUGGAUAUGAAAUUUAAAAAGAAGUCAAUUCUUAUUUUAGGAAACGAAAAGGAUGGUGUUCCUGCUAAUUUGAUACCUUUAUUCGAUACUUGCAUAGAAAUACCUCAAGUUGGUGUAAUUCGUUCAUUAAAUGUUCAUGUUUGUGGUGCUAUAUGUGUAUGGCAGUACGCAAUGCAACACACAUUCUAGCCAGAAAUACUAAUAAUUAAUCUUUAACAGUGAAAUAAAAUAAUUUCAAAUCAAAAUAAUGUAUAAUUUUUGUAUUGUUCAAAAUGUAUCUAUGUACAUAUGAUAAAACUUGGAAAAAGAUAUAUAGGUCUUUUUGAAAUAAACUGUUUGGCUCAUAAAGCUUUAUUACACAGGAUAAACUGUUUGGAUUGAUAUUUGAAUUUGUAUAUUGCAUUAUAAUGUAAUUAAAAUAAGAAAGUGAUAUUAAUAACAAA